CAAAACGUUUGGCAGUCAGGAAAGCUGCUGCGUAGAAGAACGUGGAGAAGAUUUGUAUCCUGAGCCGAUCACAGAAGCAGCCAUGGAUCUUUACGCAGACUGUUUGGACUGUGCGUCCUGUCCUGCAGCGGGAACACUCUCCUCCCAGCUUACAGUAAACCCGGUCUGACUCCACCAGACAGGACACGGGUUCUGUCAAAAACCAUUUGACUCCCCCAGUGUGUCUCUGAUCAGAUUAACGGUGCUCAUUGUGAGUCUGAGCCUCGCACGUUGCAGCGCGCCGUGCCAGCGCACAUGUGCAGUCCAGACGGCGGAUGUGACGUCUCCACGCGGAGAGGAGAUUGCCCUGCGCUGUUUGUACUCGGACCAUUAGCCAUGAUGUUUGGUGAGGAUUAUCGCUUCACACGCAGCAGGAUGAGAGAGUGACGGAGCGCAGCGCAGCGCAGGGCUCCUCACCUGCAGCGGAGUUUGCAAAUGCGCGGAGUUACUUCGGACACGGUCGGGCCGGAGGAUUAGCGCAGUCCAGGCCGAAACAGAACGGCCAUGUAGCUGAGAAGGAGACGAAGAAGGAAGAAGCGGACGUGUGGAGCGAGAUGAGCGGGAGCGCGCACGACCACUGGGAUGUAGUGAAGUCUGUGCUGUCGGACGAGCAACAGCAACCCCACCUUCACAAAGACGAAGCAACAACGGCAGAGCACUCUUCCUCAACGUCCAGCCUGUCUGUCCCCUGCCCUGGAUCCAGGAACAUGAUCUCUGAGGUAUCGUCCUCAUCAGAGGCCUCUUCGGGGCGAGGCCGCUCCUCGUUCAUUGGGCUCUCUGAUUCAGAGCUCUUGAAGUGUGCUUUCUCUUACCCACAGAGCCACAGAGCCACAGAGAGCCCAGGAGUCAACGAGAGGCUGGAUUUAGAUGGACAUGAUACAUUGAAGUAUGUCCCAGGAAAGGCCCGAUCGCACCACUUAGAGACGAUGAUGUCCAAAGAGGAGCUGGAGGAAGAACAGAGGGUGCAGCGUGAGCAGCUGGCCGCCAUCUUCAAACUGCUGAAGGACAACAAAGAGACAUUUGGAGACGUAUCUGAGGGAGACUUGGAGGAGCAGCUCCGACUUUACUCCAUCUGAGACUCGUUCUGGCCUCUCCUCGGCAGAUCCAAACCACCAAAAGGACAAAUCGAACACCAACUAUGUUAAAGUUUGCAGUAUUCAGUACAGAUGUAAAGAGCACAAAAUCUGCACUUGAUUGGGUUUAAUUUUUCAUCCCCCUCAUCUGCACUUAGCCGUUAAUAUGCAACAGAGGUGGGACCAUAUGUCUGUCUGUAUUAAACCUGUCUGCAUCACCUUUUUUGUUGUGUAAGAAGCCAGAUUAUUGUAAGUGUUCUGUUUUAUUGUGUGAGUAAAUGGUGCUGAAGCCCUGCCCACUCACUUCUGUGUCAAAGGAUCUGAUGCCCCCGUUUACUCUUGCAUCUCUGAACUCUUUGUUUGACUUGACUAAUUACGCCUAUCGGGCAUGAAUUAGGACACUCACCUCUCACGAAGUAACUCACCUAUCGGCAUUUCUGGUGCAGAGCUCCUUUGUUGAGCAGCAGUCAGUAGAGGAGGACUUGUAUUUGUUUGGCUGGACAGACAACUUCUUCCCGAUGGCAGUUCGAAGUGCCAGGCUUUUUUCUUUUCUUGUGUUGAUGUCUUUGAGCCUCUCCGUCCUUAUUUUUUCAAUGGAAAAUUUGGGGAAAAACGUCAGGUAAGUUUUUUUUCUUUGUGGCAACAGACAAAGUAAAAGGUAAAAA